CGAGGACGAGAUCGUCCUUUCGCUCCAAGUUCAGAGUGCGCCAUUGACUAACUUAUAAGUCCACUGAUACCGAAAGCUACUAGCGGCUAUUUAUCUUGAGCUGCGCGCGGUAUCAGUAAGAUCGUCGGGCCUCCUGUUUGCUCCUCAAGUCCACCCCGCAUUUGACGAUUUGCGUGUACUCUCUUGGGAAGUUCCGCGGAACAAUGGCGCAGAGCCCUACGCAACAGCCCGUUCCUCAGCAUGUAUCCGCAUUGCUCACUCACCUCACCUCCCGGCCCGGCGUCCAGUCUACGCUGAUUCUAUCCCGCAAAGAUGGGUCGAUAAUCCAGUGCACUGGACUGCUAGCAGCCAGUUCCAACCAGACAGCUCCAGGCUCCCGCGGGAAUGUCGUAGAGACUUCUGCACCGCCCAGCUCAUCAUCCUCCGAACCUACCCCGUCGACAGAUGCUAUAAGCUCUACUGCUACGAACCAGACCCCUCCAUACAAGCCUAGCCAUGCAGAAGCCCUGGCGGCACAUAUCCACGCCUUUGUCACAAGUGCGUCCGCUUUAAGCACGUCUCUAUCACACCCUGCCUCGGCCACUGGGACAGAGAACGGAUACGGCUCGAGGUCGCUAGCUACGAACGCUUAUGAUGAGACUUCGGCCAACGGAAUCGGUUCCCGGGAUGACGAUGCAGAAGGAGAGAGCCACAAGGAGGACGAAGAUGAAGUCAAGCUCUUGCGGCUGAGGACGAAGAAACAUGAGAUUGUCGUGGUGCCCGACCGGAAGUAUUUACUCUGCGUUGUUCACGGCGCAUCCGGGGCUGCUGGGUCAGCGGGAGCACCAGGGGGUGGAGGAGCAUCCAGGUGAACGAAGUUGUCGAGGCAUCGAUUUAGGAGUCAUAUUCCAAUUUUCUCAGUCAAGUGGUUUCUGCGCCUUUGGUUGGUCUGGAGCGAUCUGUGUUGGCUUGGCGUGUUUACUGUCAUAUACCCGGUUGUAGUCGACUAGAAGUAGUUACGAUAUUUCCCUAUAUCUUCCCAUGUUCAUGGCCAUUGUACUCUGAUAUCGUUGGAAAGCACUUUAUAUCACAAAGUUUUUGACAUUGCAUCUGGAUACCUGCGAG